AGUAUUCUAUGGAAGUUAACCAGAGUGAAGAAAUCAGUGGCAACAAGGAUCAUAAGCUUAAAAGGGAAAUGGGAGACGUUGGAGAAGGAAAUGAUAACUUGAAACUUUCAUUGGCAAGGCUUGUAAAGGAUUCAACUAGUGAUGAAGAAAGUGAACUUGUUUCCCUUUCUCUUGGAAUUUCAUCUACAGGUAAACAUGAUAAGAAGAAUAUAACUGAAAAGAUCAUAGAAAAUGAGGAUUUGAAAGAGGGACUUUCACUUGGGUUAGAUAUAAGAUUUGACCCUUCAGCUAUAAACAAUCACAGCAGCGAAGGUAUUUGCGAUGAGGAAAAGGAACUCAGAGCGACAUGGCCACCCAGUAAAGUUCUCAAAGCAAUGAGAACUUGGGAUAAGAGUGAAGCUUCUCAACAUGCUGAAGUCAAGAAGGCUAGGAUGAAUGAUGGUUGUCAAUGGAGAAAAUAUGGACAGAAAAUAGCAAAAGGGAAUCCAUGCCCCCGAGCUUACUAUCGAUGUACUCUCUCUCCAUCCUGUCCUGUGAAAAAACAGGUUCAAAGAUGUGCUGAAGACAUGUCAAUCUUGAUUACCACCUAUGAAGGAACUCACAACCACCCUCUUCCUACUUCAGCCACUACCAUUGCAUACACAACUUCUGCUGCUGCUUCCAUGCUCCAGUCUCCCUCAUUGAGCACACAACUAGGACUAGCCAAUUCAGAUACUGUCCCUCUCAUCAAUUCUAGUGUUCCUUAUAACCUUAAUGCCCUAAACUUCUCAUCAAGCCAUCACCACUUUUCAAAAUCACCACACUUACACUUCCACAAUUCAUCUAUUUCUACCUCUAAUUCUCACCCCACAGUCACUCUUGACCUUACCACUCCUCAAACUUCACCUCACAUUGGAAAGUUCACCCCAAGCUUGUCUUUCAUACCAAAUUAUUCAUCAACCAAUAAUGUUAAUUUUUCCUCGAGUACUUUCUCUCCUUUGCAAUCUAGUAUGCUACACUUACCUUGUUAUGGUGAUUACUUCAACUAUGAGGGAUUGGUUACCCCAAAUAGAAACCAAAAUGGUUCCCUUGUGCUCACCGGAAAACAACCAUUCCAGGGGCAUCUUUAUCAAUCUAAUCACAUUAGCGACCAUGCCAUUGCUAAACAACCUUUACCUGAUUCCAUUAUUUCUGCAACCAAGGCAAUCACUGCUUCCCCAAAAUUUCAAUCUGCAAUAUUAGCAGCUGCCCUCACAGCUUAUGCUGUUAAUGGGGUAAGAGAAAAUCAUGAUGGGGCUCAGAGUGCAGGUUUGGACUUAAAUCUAGGUGGAGAUAUGCCAUACACAACGAACACAGUUUGCCCUAAUUAUAAUGCGUCAAGGUACAAGAGAAUGUUAUUUUCUGCACCUAGUGCUCAGAAAAGAAACUCAGUCAUAUUUCAGCCAUCACAUACAUCUAGAAGUUCCUUUGGAUCCUCCUCAAGUAAAAGUAAAUAUUCUUAG